UUGUGUUGACAUGGAAUGCAGGCGAUGUCCUGAGGCAUCUGCAGAGGCAUCGCUGCUCUGAGAGCUGUGGGAGAGUGUUGGACCAGGAUGGACUGAGAUGCUGCUCCUUACCCUCUCCUGUUUAGCUUCCCUGACCAGCAGUGUCCAGGCAGAUUUUGUUUCUCAGCAUUCUCAGCACAGAAGAGCUGCAGAAUAUUCACAUGUAGGGUGUGGCCUCCGACCAUCCUACGAGUCCUUCCAGAAGACUGGCAAGAGGAUUGGUACAGGGACAGACGUCAAGCCUGGGGAAUUCCCAUGGCUCGUGAGCAUCCAGAGCCAGGGGAAGCACAUCUGUGGAGGCACCAUCAUCAGUGCACUGUGGAUUUUAACUGCAGCCCACUGCUUUGCAGAUGAGCUGCCACCAGAUCUGACAGUGGCAGUGGGGGGACUUGACCUCAGCCUCCCGCUGGAAGAGCACAACCCGGACAGCCUGAUCCUGCACGAGGAGUUCAACAGAACCAGCCUGCAAAAUGACAUUGCCCUGAUCCUGCUCAGCAAUCCCGUCGAGUUCAGCACGGAGAAAAUUCCCAUCUGCCUGCCCUUUGUGUGUGACAUGGGCACGUGGCAGCACUGCUGGGCUGCUGGCUGGGACAACACGAGUGCAGCAUCGCCUGUGCUGCAGAAAACAAGGAUGAAGCUGAUCAGCAGGGAGGAAUGCCUGAAGCAGAUCCCACACCUCGUGGUGGGCAUGAUGUGUGCGGAGACAGAGCAAGGAGAAGGAGAAGGAGGAGAAGGAGGAGGAGGAGGAGGAGGAGAAGGAGGAGGAGGAGGAGGCUGCCAGCUGGAGCGGAGCAUCCCGGCCUCCCGCUCUCCAGACUCCGCUCCCUAUCCCCCCGUGGGAGGCUCCCAGCGCCUUCCUCUCGCCGCCAGGAUAAUGCCUUCGCCCGUUCCUGCCCUGAGGGGGAUCCGCAGUGAAAUCCCCGGGAAUCGAAUCGUGUGUGGAUGCUCAUUCAUGCCAGGAUGCCACCGCCAAGGACGCCCGCAACGCGCGGCUCCAGGAUCACCUCUGUGGUUUUCACGGGAAUUCUUGGCUGAAAUGGGGUCGGGAACCCUCUUUUAGAUGCUGAGUCUGAAGAGGGUCCAGCAGUGCUGCUUGAGAUGCAAGGACAUGGCUAUAAUAACAACAGUGUUGAUUUUAUGUUUGGACUCAACAAUCUGAAAGGUCUUUUCCAGC